AUGCUCGUUUUGCUUGGGGUUGAUGCCGUGUUCGCUGAAGCGCACACAGAGUUGUUUACAGACGCGUAUCUGCGCAGUCUUGUUGCGGCGGGGAGUGAAUUGUCCGCCCCUGGGAUUUUUAUGGAGUUGGCGAGCAGUAUUCGGAGCGGUUUGAUCCGCGGCGAUCGCUUGUACCACAGUGAUCUCUGUGUUCUCUUGGAGGCCUUGCGUCGCCACCUGUUCCUGAACCCUGAUGAGGAGCAUGUGCGGCGUGUGCCGACCGUCAUUGACGUCCUGUUAAGCACGGCGUCCCCGUCGUCUGGUGAGACGGAGGCCAUGCGUGGCGUGGAAGCAGCCUGCGCAUGGUUUGACUUGCUUGGCCUUCAGGAAGACUACCGCCGUGUCCUUGUGGAGGGCGCCAUUGAUGGUGAAGUGCUGCGCUCCGGUCUGUCGCCGCAUGAGGUGCAGCAAAUGGGCGUCCACAACGAGGCGGACGCCGCUGCAUUGCUGCGGCUUUUGAAUGCACGCCCGAGUCGCAGGGCAAUGCCUGGUGGCGCACGCACAUAA